AAUAAUAAAAGAAGAAAAACCUGAGUGCGAAGACAGAGGGUGCGCAGGAUAAGAGUCGUAACACUUUGAGAAAACGAGAAAGCACAGAGACUUUCUUCACUAUAAAAAGAGUCAGCCAUUUGUUUGUCCAUUAAUCUCCAUUUACAGAGCACAAUAAUAAUUUUGAUCCGUUUCCAAAUUCUCUCCACUGAGUUCCGUUCCAUUAGUUAACGUCGUCAAUGGAGGGCCUUCCCUCUGGCUAUCGCCCUCACGUCGGUGUCUGUCUCAUCAACUCUGACUCUCAGGUUUUUGUGGCGUCAAGGUUGAAUGUUCCAGGAGCGUGGCAGAUGCCUCAGGGGGCAAUUGAAGAUGGUGAGGACCCCAAGUCUGCAGCCUUAAGGGAAUUGCAAGAGGAAACUGGAGUAGUGUCAGCUGAAAUUAUUGCUGAGGUACCGAAUUGGUUGACUCAUGACUUUCCUCCUGCUGUCAAAGCCAAGGUGAAUCGUCUUUGGGGAGGUGAAUGGCAUGGACAGGCGCAGAAGUGGUUCCUAAUGAGAUUGACAAAUGAUGACACUGAGAUCAAGCUAGGAAAUGCAGACCCAGAAUUUGCAGAGUGGAAAUGGGCAAGUCCUGAUGAAGUUAUCGAGCAGGCAGUGGACUACAAGAGGCCAACCUACGAGGAAGUUAUGAAAACAUUCGGGCCUUACCUCAUCGGCAAUGGACGAGCUGCAAAAUGUAAGUCAACGAAAUGGUGAAUUAAUGGUGUUUGUUUGGUUUUCUAUGGUCUCCCCAUGUUCCCAGUUGUGCCCCGUAAAUUUGAGUUCAGUAGAUGUUUGUUCUCUGUAAAUGGAUGUGGCAUUUAGAACUUAAUAUUAGAUGUCUGCUUUAUUGUAAUAAAGUUUUUGUGCCAAA